AACGGGACGACAGUUCGUCUCCGCCCGCAUCGAUUGUUGUCCGCUGUUCUCCUUCCUCCUCGUCCUCCUUCAGGCCAGCGGGCAAGAAGAAGAAGAAGAAAAAUCAAGGCUUGCGGCGAGAGGCUGUGCCCGGCCGACCGGCGAGCGAGCUUCGUACGCGCGUCAUGGGUGGCGGCAGCAACAGAGGCGGCGCCGGCGCCGGCGAGGAGAGCGGCAGCGACCACGACGGUGUGCUGCGGAGGCCGCUGCUCAACACGGGGAGCUGGUACCGGAUGAGCUCGCGGCAGUCCAGCUUUGCCCCGGGGACCUCCUCCAUGGCCGUCCUGCGCGAGUCCCACGUCUCCGCCUUCCUCUGCACGCUCAUCGUCGCGCUCGGCCCCAUCCAGUUCGGCUUCACCAGCGGCUUCUCCUCCCCGACCCAGGACGCCAUGGUUCGGGACCUCAACCUCUCUAUCUCCGAGUUCUCGGCGUUCGGAUCGCUGUCCAACGUCGGCGGCAUGGUCGGGGCGAUCGCCAGCGGGCAGAUGGCCGAGUACAUUGGCCGUAAAGGGGAUGCCUCAUUUCUAUAUAUGGGACGAUUGCUUGAAGGGUUUGGUGUCGGCAUCAUAUCCUACACGGUACCGGUAUACAUAGCAGAGAUAUCUCCUCAGAACAUGAGGGGAGCUCUUGGUUCUGUGAACCAGUUGUCUGUGACCUUUGGCAUAUUCUUGGCCUAUUUGCUCGGCAUGUUUAUUCCUUGGAGACUUCUUGCUGUGAUUGGAGCCUUGCCCUGCACAAUGUUGAUUCCUGGACUAUUCUUCAUUCCAGAAUCUCCCAGAUGGCUGGCAAAGAUGAAUUUGACGGAAGAUUGUGAGACGUCCCUACAAGUGCUGAGGGGGUUUGAGACUGACAUCACAACAGAAGUGAAUGAUAUAAAGAGGGCAGUGGCAUCAUCAAGUAAGAGGACCACAAUCAGUUUUCAAGAAUUAAACCAAAAGAAAUACCGCACGCCACUACUUCUAGGGAUUGGCCUACUUGUACUGCAAAAUCUUAGUGGAAUCAACGGUGUACUGUUUUAUGCAAGUAGCAUCUUCAAAGCUGCAGGGGUUACAAACAGCGACUUGGCCACCUGUUCACUUGGUGCUAUUCAGGUCCUUGCUACUGGAGUUACAACAUGGCUGUUAGACCGAGCUGGACGACGCAUCCUUCUCAUUAUUUCUACCUCUGGCAUGACUCUAUGCCUUCUUGCCGUUUCUGUUGUAUUUUUUCUCAAGGAUAACAUUUCACAGGAUUCUAACUCAUACUACAUCUUAACAAUGAUCUCCCUUGUUGGUAUUGUGUCUUUUGUCAUUACCUUCUCGUUUGGUAUGGGUGCCAUUCCAUGGCUCAUGAUGUCUGAGAUCCUCCCGGUUAGCAUCAAGAGCCUUGGCGGAAGCAUCGCAACACUGGCCAACUGGCUGACAUCCUUCGCCAUAACAAUGACGACGAACUUGAUGCUCACGUGGAGUGUUGGAGGCACUUUUCUCUCGUACAUGGUUGUGAGCGCCUUCACCAUCGUUUUUGUUGUCCUUUGGGUGCCGGAGACGAAGGGGAGAACUCUAGAGGAGAUACAAUUUUCGUUUCGCUGAGCAUUCAGCGUCAGCUGCAAUGGUUGCCCGAGUGUUUAUCUUAGGGCCUGUUUCGAUCCCAUGAGCUAAAGCAAAAAGAAGCUAAAAUUUAGUCACUUUAUAAACUAAAGUUCCAAUCAGGAGGAGCUAAAAGUGAAUAAAAUAGCAAAAGAAUAUCUUUUAGUCACUUUUAGCUUCUAAAGAGGAGCUAGAAUUUAGUCCCUUGUUUUAGCUUAUACUCCUUCCAUCCUAAAAAAAUAUAGGUCUUUCUAACUUUUCUUUUUUCUGUUCAUAUUCAUUCGAAUAAUGAUAAAUAUAGACAUACGUAUAAACUAUUCAUUAAUAAAUGUAUCAAAUAAAUUAUAGGCCUGUUUGGUUUGCUGUCUAA